AUGGAGAAGAGUGUGUUCAUGCUUCACCGGCUCCUCUUCCUAAUUUGCCUUAUUCUAGCAGCCCGCACCAUCGGAGAGGGCAAUGGCCAGCUCCUCUACUCCGGUUUCACCGGCGCCAACCUCACCCUGGACGGCGCGGCCACGGUGACCCCAGACGGCCUCCUGGAGCUCACCAACGGCACGGACCAGCAGAAGGGCCACGCCUUCUACCGGACUCCCCUCCGCUUCACCGGCUCUCCCGGCGCCGUCGUUCAGUCCUUCUCGGCCUCCUUCGUGUUCGCCAUCCAGUCCAUCUUCACCGACCUGAGCGCCCACGGCAUGGCCUUCGUGGUGGCGUCGAGCACCAACUUCUCGUCCGCGCUGCCCGGCCAGCUCCUGGGCCUCACGGACGUCCAGAACAACGGCAACGGCAGCAACCACUUCUUCGCCGUGGAGCUGGACACCAUCCAGAACAAGGAGUUCGGCGACCUCAACGCGAACCACGCCGGCGCCAACGUCAACGGCCUCAGAUCGCUGCAGUCCUACUACGCCGGCUACUUCGACGACGAGGACGGUAGCUUCCGCAACCUGAGCCUUGUUAAACACGAGGCCAUGCGGGUGUGGGUGGAUUACGACCACAGGGUUGCUCAAAUCACCGUCACCAUGGCUCCCCUCAAGGUAGGCCGACCAGUGAAGCCGUUGUUCACGGCCACCUACAACCUCACAACCGCGGUGACAAACGUCACGUACGUCGGCUUCUCCUCGGCGACCGGCACGAUCAACGUGCGACACUAUGUGCUCGGCUAG